GGUAAUAAUAAUUAAUUACAUUUUCAUGACAUGACAUUAUAUGUUCUGCAAUGUGACUAUUGGGUAAAUCGGAAAAGGGGCUAAACCAACCCAAAUGGAAAGGAAUUCCACAGAGACUUUUAUUUUGACAGACCCGAUCUGGCAGUAGUGUUCCAGUGCAGUAGGAGCCGUUAGACUGGAGCAGGCUGUUGCUAAAACACCCGUUUGUUUGUUUUAACUAUUAAACUUUAGCACAAUUCUAAAGGGUAAAUGAGAGCGCAGACGACUGAGGCUGGAGCUCCCUGAUGAUGGUGAUUCCUGCUGAACAUGGGAUCUGUGGACGGCCUCCUGUCUCCAGAAUCGACCGUCACCUCGCUGCUGGCCAGCUCUGGACGUCUGAAAAGCUCCCUGAACCCAGAGCCGGUCCACACCAUCAGAUACAAAGACAGAAAUUAUGAAUCAGCCUCAGAGGCGCUGGACGCUUACAUUGCAGAUUUCCAGCAGAAUCUGCAGAUUUCCAAACCUUUUGUAGGGCAUCUGGAGCUUUCCAAAGGACCAGCCACAGCUGUCCUACAUCACUCAGGAUACCGCAACAGAGAUGUUCUGAAAGAAAGCUUAACAGAAAAAGAGCUGGACUUUCUAAAUCUUCCUGUGCGCCCCAAGCACAGAGGCUCUGACCGCCUCAGCAUGACCACCGACGACCUCCUGCUGCUGCCUUCUGACGGUUCCCUUCCUGUGACCCGCACCUCAGCCUUCCUCUCCCAGUCAGAAAGCUACUCUCUGGGACACAGCGCUAACUCCAGCUCCUGGUCUCGUUCAAGGCAUGGCGACACUCCACAAAGUUCCCGUACACACCGUCACCGCACAGCCGUGAGUAACCCUCACAGAGAGAGAGCCUCGGGACGAGAGAGGUCUCAGUGUGUGGACGAGUUACUGCUGAGCAGCUCGAGAAUCACACCUCGAAAACUUCCUCCCACAAAGACAGACCCUCCAGGAUCUCUGCCGUCCCAACACCUCCCCAGAUGGAUUACCAGUCACAAGUCAGAGAUGAACUUUUCCGGGGUGACCAGCAUUCCUGAUCUGAAGUAUCCUAUCUGGCUCAGAGAAUGUGACGUUCCAAUACAAACUGUGUCUGAUACCCCAGCCGUUCCCUGUUGGGUCAGUGAGCUGGAGAAGAACUCAGAUAAAGGUCAGCAGGACCCUAAAGAUCAGUUAAAGGGUCAGGGUGGAGGAAGCAGUGACCAGACCACACUCAGGGAGCUGAGGCUGCAGUUUACAGAGACGCUGGGAGCAGCCGAAAGCAGAGGAGCUGUGUAUGACAGCGGAGAACUGUUCCGAGGCGAUAGGAUUGGCUCUCUGAUCAAGAGGGCGGAGCAGGUGUUGACCUCCCCCUCUCUUGGCCUUGGUGGUAGGACUCAGGACCUGCACGGCAGUCCAGGAGGAACAGAGGAGCUUCUGGAGGCAGAGCACUCAUGGGAAAAUCCUCCAGUGACGUUUAAGUCACCUGUUCCAGUAGGGGAUGCAGAAGAGCAGCUAACUGUUGAUGAAUCUCUGAGGGAUACGGCAGAGAAGUCCAUAGGCUCCUCGUCUGGCUACAGCAGUAGGAAACACCAUGGUCCUGUUGAGGCCUUGAAGCAGAUGCUGUUCAGCCUUCAGGCCGUGGAGCAGAGAGUGACGCAGCAUGAAGAAAACGGGUCAAAAAGCAUUUCUAGUGUGACUGCUCCAAACUUGGACCAAAUGGAGGACCAGGAGCUUAAAGAGCUUCCUCAACCAGAUACUGAAGAUCAUGAUUCAGCACCUGGUGGCCAGUCAUUGCAGAGAGCUCUACAUCACCUUGGAAGACUAAAAAGCCUUGUGGAUGAAAUGAACGAGAAAAAGGCCAGAGAACUGCAGCCGAGGGAAAAUGAAGGUCAAAGCUAACUCCUAUUUUAUAGGCUUAAUGCACAUCUAGAGCAGAUGGUUGACCACUUAAAUCGAUCCAUCCAUCUGUGCAACAAAGUAACUUUGCCAAAUCAAGAAACAGUGGAAUUUAAUAUUGUAUCUGUUCCACAAGAAGCACAACACUUAUUUUUCUAUAUGUGUCACUGUUAAAUGUUUGGUUUAAUUGACUGUAUUCACAGUGCCUUGUCAGUUCUCAAGCAUACAAAAUGUUUAUUAUACUAAUAAAUUUUAACUCUGUCUUUAAAGAGUUCUGUUAA